CAGGUUUCAUUUGGCUAUGAAAGCAGAUGGAGACUUUGUGCCAGAGAGGAGGGGGGACAAGAGGAAAAAGACAGGAGGAGGAUGAGCCCAUGGAGGGUCCCUCAUAUUCCCCUACAACCCCAAUGUUGAAGAAGAAAUUGACAGAGGAGGAUGAGGGUGGCCGGGGGACAGAGACGAUGGGGAUAAAGAAAGAGAAUGUAGACAUCCUCCCUGAGCAGGCAGAUGUUCUAGUCCUCAGCUGGUUGAGUAGUUGCAUCAUUUUUCCCACAUUACUCACAUCAACAAGCAUUUGAGCUAAGUAUUGUAUUUCAUUGUAUCCACAAAGAUGUUAGGGCUUGGAGCAUAUGACUCAGAUUGGUACAGCUGGAAUUACAAACAAGCUUCCUUUUGUAUGAAAUGCUGUGAACAUUUUGGGAAAGUUUACAAUGGGCUUACUGAUUGUCUAAAUCGUCUACUGUGUAAGUUGUCUUGUUUCUGUGGUGAGGUCUUAGUCACCCAGAAGCCAAAGAAAGAGGAGGGGGAGCAUCCAGUCACUACAAAGAAGAAUAAGUCAAAGGAAGAGAUUGAGGCGGCAAAAGCAUUGAAGAUCAAAAAAAGAGAAGAAGAGGAGCAGCAGUGCUGGAGAUUGGGGUGUGAAGAGGAGAAGUACAUUAUGAGGACGGAGUUUCUGGAGCACAAGGAUGCCUUUUUCACCCCAGAUUGCCAGCCUCUCCCAGAUGACAUCCCCUUCUACCACAAUGGUAAAGCUGUGAAGCUGAGCCUUUCUGCAAUGGAAGUGACCCUGUUCUUUGCUCAAAUGCUUGACCAUGAAUAUGCCACCAAAGACGUGUUCCGAAACAACAAGGACUGGAGGAAGAUGAGAAGGGAAGGAGGGAGAGAUAGCCUGAGAGACUAGCCCUUGAAAAUGUUGUUUUCAAUUGCAAAACUUAUUGGUGCAGAUUUUAAGCCAAAAAUAAAAACUAUUUUGGAUUUGAAGUCUUACGGGGAACCAAACAAGUAGGAGUACCGGUGGAGAGAGUGAAGGUGGUCAUCAGCAUACUACUCUUAAACUAGAAAGAGAUGUUAAAUGUAACAAGAUGUAGUGUGACAGACAGGGGUGUGGAGAAGGGUGUAUGGAGGGGUGUCCUCUGUACACACUCCACCAGGCCCAAAGGCGUAUCAUGCAGAAUUAAUUUCGUGCUGCUUAAUGCUCAAUGCUCUUGAAAAUUUGAUUUGUGUAAAGGCAUUGAUAUGCUAAUCCAGACAAGUCGCUCCCUGCAUAUGAACAAAUCCAAUUAAACUGUUUUAUUAUAACAGGAAAACUCUGCUCGCCUGACUGCCUUCAGUCUCCACCCCCCGCCCCCACCGCCUGUCAAUCAUGCUUAGAGGUAGAGUCAGUGACUUCAAGUGUCCAUACUGUCGCUAGAGUGUCUGCUAUGGUCCCAUCACGCACACUGUCUGCACUGAAUCUGUAUUAGGGAAACAAUCACCAGUCUACUAGUGCCAUUGGCAAUGCGAAUUUGGAGUGCUAAUACAAUGUAGUGUUGUUCAAGCUAUUAGAGUCCUGAAAUGUCAGGUGUGUGUGUUCCUGUUUCUGUAUGUUUUUUUUUAUUCUUUAGACUGAUUUGCAGUGGCGUGUAGUUAUGGAUGCCAAGGGAAGCCAGGUUUCCCAAAACGUUUUA